AUGGUUCAUUUAUCCGUCGAGGGCGAGGAGUCCCUAAACAAACUGGCGGAUCAAGUUGUACUGGAGAAAAAUAUCCCUGGAUUUCUUUUCGGAGUAACCUCUGUGGAUCAAGAGCUGUAUUUAAAAACUUGGGGAUAUAACGUCAUUGCCGCCCUCCAACUUCUCGAACAAGAAAAAAUAACCCUCGAGACCCCAGUAUCUGACUAUCUACCCGAAUUCUCCGACCUUGUCAUCAUUGAGAACCAAAUGGCUGAAGUUUUGACGUAUAAACCAACGAAGACCGUCAUGCGUUAUAAGCAUCUCCUGGAUUAUACCUGUGGACUCUACUACCCAUCCAAAGAAGGAGACCUACCAGGCAUUCCUGUUCUAUUCGAACCCGGAGAGAAUUGGGCCAAUGGUUGGGGAUCUGAUAUCCUCGGUUUCAUGAUCGAGAAAAUAACUGGGCAAACCUUGGAGAAAUACUUACAAGACAACGUAUUCAAGCCUCUCGACAUAACUGCAUCAUUCUAUCUCACACCUGAAAUCAAAGAGAAACUGGUGGAUCUUACAUACCGACGUGGCGGACAGUUUGAACGGUGGAACAACCAGUCGAGGAUAAUCGAACAAGAUCCAUCCAAAGUGGCUUGCCAUAUGGGAGGAGACGGUUUAUACGCCUCACUAAAAGGUUACUUGAACCUCCUGCGCCAUUUACUCCGGAUCAAAUCGGGAAAGAUAACAAACGGGAUCAUAAGCGCCGAGAGUGUACAAUCAAUCUUCGAACCAUCCCUGCACGAAACCGCGUCUAACAUGCUCAGCCGCCUCUUGAUGUUAGAUCCUUCCAUGCCCAGGGACGCGGUUGCGCAGUGGGGAACCGCCAUCGGUGUGACGGCCACCGAUUGGCCUGGCAGAAGAAAGAAAGGUUCAGGGUUUUGGUGGGGGUGGGCGCAUACCUUUUUCCAUAUUGACCCAUCUACGGGUAUAGCUACAGUGUUUGGGACACAGGUAAUUCCAAUGCCAGAUAGAGACGUAUUUAAGAUUUUUGCAAGGUUCGAGGAGACCUUGUAUGCGGGUUUGGCGGAGUGA